GUUGCCAAAAGAAACCAGAGAACAGCUGGUCCCAGUUGGAUUACAACUGUUAUAUCUUGUGUGAUCUGUGAUGUGGAACACACUGAUCUUGGCAAGCUCACCAGUGGAGAGGAUAUUCAUUGAGGCUGGCAGUUUUAAUGUGGCACAGUGUGGAACCCACGGGAAGAUGACGGAAGAGGUGAUAGUGAUUGCCAAGUUUGACUAUGUGGCCCAGCAGGAGCAGGAGCUCGACAUAAAGAAGAAUGAGCGACUGUGGCUCUUAGAUGACUCUAAAUCAUGGUGGCGCGUUCGAAAUUCCACAAACAAAACUGGCUUUGUACCUUCAAAUUACGUGGAAAGAAAGAACAGUGCAAGGAAAGCUUCUAUUGUGAAAAAUCUAAAAGAUACCUUAGGAAUUGGAAAAGUGAAACGGAAACCAAGUAUUCGUGACACUGCAUCCAAUGCAGAUGUGGAUGGUUACCCAGACAAUGGAGAACGUCUAUAUGAUUUGAAUGCUCCCGCUUAUGUCAAGUUCAACUACACAGCAGAGAGAGAUGAUGAGCUAUCUUUGGUUAAAGGAACAAAAGUUACCGUCAUGGAAAAGUGCAGCGAUGGCUGGUGGAGGGGUAGUUAUAAUGGACAAACUGGUUGGUUUCCUUCAAAUUAUGUCAUGGAAGAUCUUGAGGGCACCACAGUUGAACCUGUGGGAUCAUUGACAGAAAGACUAGCAGUUGUGAUCAGUGCACACAAUGCCAAAGUACUUCAUGUUGUGCAGGCUCUAUACCCAUUUAGUUCUUCGAAUGAAGAGGAGCUUAAUUUCGAGAAGGGUGAAGUGAUGGAUGUUCUUGAGAAACCAGAAAAUGAUCCAGAAUGGUGGAAAUGUAGGAAGGCUGAUGGGCAAGUAGGUCUGGUACCUAAGAACUAUGUGAAUAUUGUGCAAACAUCACCACCAGUCAUUAGCCUUGGUCCAACACCACCUCGAUGUGACUACAUAGGAGCAGCAACUACUGGCAGGUUUGCUGGUAGUCCAUGGUAUUAUGGAAAGAUUACAAGGCAUCAAGGAGAAGUGGCUCUGAAUGAAAGAGGAGUUGAUGGCGAUUUCAUAAUUCGAGACAGCGAGUCAUCACCCAAUGACUUCUCUGUGUCUUUGAAGGCCCAAAACAAAAACAAGCACUUCAAGGUACAGUUGAAGCAAGGUCUCUACUGCAUUGGACAGCGCAAAUUUGACAGUAUGGAAGAUUUAGUGGAACAUUACAAAAAAGCUCCAAUUUUCACAAGCGAACAGGGAGAGAAAUUGUUUUUAGUUAAACCUUUAUCUUAAUGCGGAAGGUAAAGAUCCACUGAAAUGGAUUCUUCUUGCAGGGAGAGAAAAAAACAAUGGAAGCAAGGAAAAUUAUGAUUUUUAUCUGACUUACUGGCAAUAAUGACCUAAAACAACAGAUUUACUUAAGUUUUCAAUUUUAACUACACUUUGUGUCCCAUUUGCAUUGUAAUGCUGUUUAAUUUUGGAUAACCCUUUCUUGUAUGUAAAAUUUUGUGCCUUGCUUCUGUUGAGCUGCUCGUUGUGAACACACUGCCUACAGUUACCUUUUUAUCAUAAAUUUGUCCCACUUUGCCCAAUAAUCUUGAAUUUUUUAUAUUUCACUUACUACAUGCUAUAUAUAGUAUAUCACUUAUUAAGUCUUACUACAGGUCUUUGAAAUGUCUCUGUGCUUUAGAACCUUGUUGAUUAGCUUGUGAUAUGUGAGAUGUGAAAUUUUAUGUAUUGUGUGUUUAGAAUAUUCAUUUGCCUUUUCUGACUUUUCUUCAGUUAUUCACAAGAGAUAUCGAUCAACUAUGAUUUAAUUUUGUUUGAACUCUUUUGGUAGAGGGUGCAAAUUGCAUCAGGAUAAGUGCUCUAGUGUGACAUAAAAUGUGGACAUACCAGAUUUUGCCUUAAUCUUUCAAACCAAAGGCUGUGUAUAACUACUGUAAUGUUUAUAUAUAAAGUUACAGUUUAAUCACACUUUGGUAGGUCCCGCAUUAGGAUGUGACUUUAGUAAUAUCCUUUAAUAUGUUUGUGUCUGUAUUUAACUCCUAGGUUGAAACAUAACUGAUUUGAAUUGAUCUGUCAUGUUUGAUCACAGUCUCCACUUAAUGCUUGCUUUGUUAAUGGCUCAUAUUAGGGGUGCAUCAUAUAUUGUGUUGUUUAGCUUGUAAUA